CUUGGAUCGGAUCAGCCGGAGGAAACCUGACGGAUGCGGCGCUACGCAGCAGAGUGCGUUCCUCUGAGGGUGCAGCUGCUUGGAGAGACGGGCCGGUUGUGAAUCGUUAGGUUAGGUUUGGGUGCAGGCGUCAGGGGCCUUCCGAGGGGCGCAGCCGCCUAGAUCCUGCGGAGGCAGCGCGGCGGGUUUUCCUCCUCUUCUUCCUUAUAAACAGCGACCGGAGGCGCGUCCCUGUUUAGGCCUGUCUCUUACAUCUGCGGAGGGAAGCCAAUGCGGGGUUGUCUCGGAGAAGACACGGGCCCGUAUCUUUAUUUGCGUUGCACUCGUCUAGUCCAGCAGCCCCUGCGCUGUAGAAGAAAUGAUGGCGGGUCCCGAGCAGUCCCAGCAGCAGCAGCAGCAGCAGCAGAAGGUGGAGGAGAAGGCAGAGCGCAUAGAUGAUGCUGAGAUGGCUCUGCAAGGCAUCAACAUGCUGCUCAACAACGGAUUCAAAGAGAGCGACGAGCUUUUCAAGAGAUACAGGACACACAGCCCUUUGAUGAGCUUUGGAGCAAGCUUUGUCAGUUUUCUGAACGCCAUGAUGACAUUUGAGGAGGAGAAGAUGCAGAUGGCCUGUGACGACCUGAGAACCACCGAGAAACUCUGCGAGAGCGACAGUGCUGGAGUGUUGGACACAAUCCGAAACAAGAUCAAAAAGAGCAUGGACUCCCAAAUGUCAGGCGUUGCCGUUGUGGACCGCCUACAGAGACAGAUCAUAGUUGCCGACUGCCAAGUGUAUCUAGCCGUGCUGUCAUUCGUCAAACAGGAGCUCUCAGCAUAUAUAAAAGGAGGCUGGAUUCUCCGUAAGGCAUGGAAGAUGUAUAAUAAAUGCCACAGUGACAUCAGUCAGCUGCAGGAGACCUGUCAGCAGCGACCCUCUGGCAACCAGGAGUCCCUCUCGACCGACAACGCCAACCACAACGUGGAGAGCGGUGUGACGGCCGAAGCCCUGGACCGGCUCAAGGGCUCCGUCAGCUUCGGCUAUGGCCUCUUCCACCUGUGCAUCUCCAUGGUGCCGCCACACCUGCUCAAGAUUAUCAACCUGCUGGGUUUCCCUGGUGACCGUCUCCAGGGCCUGUCCUCUCUGAUGUACGCGAGCGAGAGUAAGGACAUGAAAGCACCACUGGCUACGUUGGCCCUCUUGUGGUACCACACUGUGGUGCUGCCCUUCUUUGCCCUGGAGGGCUCUGAUACGCACGCAGGACUGCUGGAGGCCAAGGCCAUCCUGCAGAGAAAGUCCGUGGUUUACCCCAACUCGUCCCUCUUCAUGUUCUUCAAAGGACGAGUUCAAAGACUGGAGUGCCAUAUCAACAGUGCUUUGGCCUGUUUCCAUGAUGCAUUAGAACUUGCAUCAGACCAAAGAGAGAUCCAGCAUGUGUGUCUCUAUGAGAUUGGUUGGUGCAGUAUGAUAGAGCUGAAUUUCGAAGACGCCUUCAGAGCGUUUGAGAGGCUGAAGAAUGAGUCCCGCUGGUCGCAGUGCUACUAUGCCUACCUGACUGGAGUGUGUCAGGGCGCUUCAGGCGACUUGGAUGGAGCAAACGGAGUUUUCAAAGACGUCCAGAAGCUGUUCAAGAGAAAAAACAACCAGAUAGAGCAGUUUGCUGUCAAAAGGGCCGACCGACUGAGAAAGGUCUCGCCCACCAGACAGCUCUGCAUCCUCGGGGUCAUCGAAGUGCUCUAUCUGUGGAAAGCGCUGCAGAACUGCUCCUCGACUAAACUGCAGAUCAUGAAUCAGGUGUUGCAGAGUUUAGACGAGCCUUCGUGCAGAGGCCUGAAGCACCUCCUCCUCGGUUCCAUCCUUAAAUGCCAAGGAAACAUCAGAGAUGCUGUCCAGUCCUUCCAGCUGGCUGUUAGGGACGAGUAUGGACGGCAGAUCAACUCCUACAUUCAGCCGUACGCCGUCUAUGAGCUUGGAUGUAUACUCCUUGCAAACCCAGAGACUGUGGCAAAGGGGAGAUCCUUCCUACUUCAAGCCAAGGAGGAUUUUACAAACUACGACUUUGAAAACCGGCUUCAUGUCCGCAUCCACUCAGCGCUGGCCUCUCUGAAGGAGGUGGUGCCUCAGUGACUCCGAGAGGGGGGAAAACAUGGCCGCCCAAAGUUUUAGGCCCGUCACUGGUGAUAGAGCUCCCUGUGUUUCUCUUGUCAAAUGAACUGAAGACGCCAUUGGCAGACGGCUGUCCCAUUAGACAGUCUGAUGAUAAAGUGCCAUCUCUGUGCAUUUUGUAAAGCAGCAGAUAGGUGUGCUCCUACCGGCACACGGCUAGACACAGCUGACGUUAAAAAUCUCCAAAGUUUGAUCGGUGCAGAGAUGGGUCUUGUCCUCCAGCGAGCCAUAUACACCAACAGCUGCAGGGUGCGAGCGUGAAGAAUGCCUCUGACGCCACAGAAGCGGGGGUGUGAUGUACAUAAUGAAGGUGUUUAACCCUGGCAGUCUAACUGCAUAGAGAGGGAGUCGGGCCGCUUUAGAAGAGCUGUGCUAGCUUUCUCCUGCCGCCUCCAGUUUUUUCUGCUUAGCCGGUCUCUCGCUUCCCGGGGCCUGUUCCUACACUGAAUGCACAGAGAUUAAGCUGACCCCUGAUUUCAUCAAAUCCACUCCCCGAUGUUCCUUUCAGUGUUUCUCUCACCGUUAAUGUAUUUGCUGUCCGGUAACCGUUCUGCUCAUUACCUCGUCGCUUUAAAGGACUUAAUUCUGCUUCUACCUUAAUACAACAGAUGAGCAAAGAAUUUCUUUUAGAGGACACAUUUCCUUUGUUAGUAACGUUUACAGCGCCUUGCUUUUCAAAUGUUCUAAUGCUCCAGCCAUAAAUUUAAAUGUCAUUUAUUGGGAUAUUAUGAGGUAGACCAACACAAAGUAGCUACUAAAUGUGAAGUGGGACAAAAAAACGGACAGACCGCGGCUCAGUGGGUAAAGUAGCCGCCUCGCAAUCAGAAGGUUGUGGAUUCCUCUCGUCACGUGUUCAUGGGGCACUUAACCCCAGGUUGCCUAGCAAUCUGAAUAUUGAAUAUGAAUAAGUCUGAUUGGGCGAAUCUGGGUCUAGUGUAACAUUUUUUUAGAGUUGUCACUAUCUCUAGAAGAGUGCUAUAUAAAUGCAGUCGAUUCAGUCCAAAAGCUUGGUGAACAUUUGUUAUCAGCCCUCCUCUCCAGGCCUGUCCCAGCCGUGUCUUGACGGUGUUAGAGUUGUGCCAUACUCUUUCCGUUUUCUUGCCGAUUUCCGGAUGCUUAGUCAGAUUGGUGUUGGUGGCAGAAAAUGGCAGAAAAUCCCAAUAAGGUACAUUUAAGAUUGUGGCUGUAAUGUAACAAAAUGUGGAACAGUUUAAGGGUUUUGAGUAUUUUUGCAAAUGAACUGUGUUAUAUUUAGACUCUGUUUCCAUAACAUAUAACAGGUUAAUGGCUAGUAUAAAUAUUUAUCAUAUUUGAUUUUCUUUAUAUUUGUGAGUCAAUGUAUGGGUUGGUGAAAUUUUAAGUCAUUUUCCUUAAAUGAAAUUGUUUUUUUUUUUUGCAUUUACAAGGAGCACACCAGCUUAAUUCCACUCACAGCAGUAGGCAAGAUUGGGACGAGAGAAUCUGGUUGGCUCUCUUUAAAUGGGCAUCCCUCAAUAAAGGAGGAAAAACAUUACCCAGUGGUCUGCACAAAAAGAAAUGGUCAUCUUAUUUUAAACGAGAUCAAAACAAAAAUGAUUUUAUCCCUCUUAAAUAUGUGAUGGUGAGAGAAUAAAAUCAAAAACACGUGGAGAUAAUCAGAUUUGAUACAAAGGAAACGGCAUGUAACAGCAAUGGAAACAGGAGUUGGAUAUAUCCUGAAACAAGAGAUGGAGAACUAGAAUAGGCAACAACUGCCAAGUGAGAGAAAUAGAUCAACAGAUGAUUAGAUUUCAAAAUAAGAAACCUUCAAAUGUAUUCGAGCUUCUAUCCGUGGAUAGAUCCACAUUUCCUAAAAGUCCUUGUUAAAAUACGCUGGGAAGUCAUGAAAGAGGGGUCACCUACUGGUCACCUCAAAGGGAAUAAAUACAGUCUACAGCAGGUAUUGGUUAUGUUUGUUCACUGGCAGUUAGAGAAAAGAAGGAGGGAAAACAGACGAGGAGGUUAAACUGGAUGAAAGGAUUGUAAAGCGAGAGAAGGAGGAUGAGUGAGGUAAAAAGGGAUUGAAGUUUGGAUGAAGAUAUUGGUUGGAGGCAUCAGGAGGGCAAGUGGUGAGAGGGUGCAGAAUGGACGAGCCAGCUGCUUAGACCUGGGUUUAAGGGUUAGACUUGCCCAAAACAAAGCUACCACAUGACCAUUGUUCAUUGUAAAUGACUUUAACACACUUUAUGUUUCUUCUGGUGUAUCUAAUGCAACAUUGAGCGCUCCGCCUGUGCACUGUGCAUAGCAUGGCUGGGUGACAGUGGCUUUAUGUACUGAAGUCCAGCAUGUUUUUUCCUCCCGAUACAUAAAGCUACUCCUCCAUAACACCCUUAGUACUGUAACGCUGCCUAAUGAAAGGUGCUGGUAAAUGUCAGCCUGAUCCUGUGUUUUUACAAACGCAUUUUACUGUUGUUUUAGAGUGGUAGGAGCCUUUGACUUACUUCACAACACUGACAAGUUUGUUCAUCUAUCAACAAUAGAUGUGUUUUGGUAAUGUUGAUGCAGCUUUGUUAGGUCUGAGGGCUGCCGGUAUCAGCGGUCAGCCUCAUUCCAGCGUAGGACCUUGCAUUGGACGGACAACACUCAUAAGUCAUUUUAACAAACUUUAUAAGCCGUUUACAUAAGAAUUUUCCAGCAAGGAGAAAUAUGUUUUAUGAACAAGCACUCAAGUUUGUCAUCCAAGUAAUAUUAACUCAUAAGGGACAACAUUUAGUGAAUCACAAAGACUUUCAACCAUGGGAACUUUUCGCUUCAUGUUUAAAGUUGUGGACUUACAGAUUUUCUUCUCUCUUUUUUUUAUAACACCAUGAUAUUUUAAGACAAGGCUUGUCAUCCCUUGUGGCUGUAAUGGAUGUAACGUGUAAUAAAUGUAGUGGGGGCUGCUGUGCCAGCAGUCUGAGCUCUGAAAAAAAAAAAAAAAAACAUUAAGGUGAAAUGUCAAAAAGAUAUAAUCUACCCAGUGUACCAAAUACCUCUGUCACCAGAGUAUUUUCUCUCUGUCAUUGUUGAAACUGAGGCUAAAAGUUAGGUGUCACUAAACUGGAAAAUAAAACUGUUCUCCAUCAAUAAAGUCAA